AUGGCAAAUGAACCAGUGAUUCUGAAUGUUUAUGACAUGUACUGGAUAAAUGAAUACACCUCCACCUUGGGGAUUGGUGUCUUCCACUCUGGCAUCGAGAUCUACGGCAGAGAAUCCAUCGCCUUGGGCACCACAGACUUCACAGAGGAGGACGUGGAUAAAAUUAUGGAAGAGCUGGGGAAGGAGUAUAAAGGAAAUGCGUACCACCUGAUGCACAAGAACUGUAAUCACUUCUCUGCUGCUCUGGCUGAGAUACUGUGUGGGAAAGAGAUCCCGCGCUGGGUGAACCGCUUGGCCUACUUCAGCUCGUGCAUCCCCUUCCUCCAGAGCUGCCUUCCCAAGGAGUGGCUGACCCCAGCAGCCCUGCAAAGCCACAUCAGCCUGGGCCUCCACAAGGAAGAGCAGGGGGACACAACGGAUGAGGAGUCCCCCUCCACGUCGGCAACCCCCUCAGCCUCAGGCUCAUCUCGAACCUGUAGACAUACCCGGGUCUAA